ACCUGUCGUAAUUUUUUUACACUAGAAAUGCUUAUGUCAAAUUCAUUGCUACCAAAACAUUUAGAAACAAUUGUGCUGCUAUGGUUAAAAAAAAUAUUUUAUUGUGCACUCAAAAUUCUUCUGCAUUCUCCGUAAGAAUGAAGACGUGAUAAUUUGAUCCAGAAAUCGCAAUCAUCGCGUCUUAUUUGUGAUUUUGCGUUUGAGAGUUCAAUUUUCCCAGCCGCACUUGAACUCAUCACAAACUCCUGAUCCGGGUUGACAUCAGAGGUGAACUUUUCCUCUUGAGUUUCGACUGGAGCGACUCCGGACGUGGGAUGCUUUGGGGGUCGUUUAGAGAGACAAGGAUGUGAUGGGAGCGGCAGUUCUAACGGAGGAACAUUUCCUUGCUACGUGAUAAGGGAGAAAAAUGGAGAAUUCAAGCGAUUUCAACGCGACUGUUCCUUUAAUUUCCGCCGAAGCUCUGCGAGCGCAGAUUGUUGAGAAUCCGCUCCAGAACUAUCUCCUGGGAAUCAUCAUGUCCAUAUGUGGGAAUCUCCUCAUCAGCGUUUCACUCAACAUACAGAAAUACGCCCAUGUCCGACAGGCUCAGCGUGGCUCCAAGCCGUAUUACACGUCUGGGAUGUGGUGGUCUGGUGUCGUCCUGAUGGGUGUCGGGGAACUGGGGAACUUUGCAGCUUAUGGUUUUGCCCCAGCAUCGCUGAUUGCCCCACUGGGCUGUGUGUCUGUAAUAGCCAGCGCUGUUAUAUCUGUGGUUUUCCUCAAGGAGACGGUUCGAGCUUCUGAUGUAGUUGGUGGCAGCCUGGCCAUAACUGGAACAUACCUCCUGGUGACCUUUGCCCCCCACGCAUCCACACACAUCACAGCUCAUCUGGUCCAGUACUACGCCAUCAGCUGGCACUUCCUGCUUUACCUCUUCAUCGAGGUCGUCCUGUUCUGCAUUCUGCUCUAUCUGUACAAGAGGAGGGGUGUGAAGCACAUUGUCAUUGUGAUGCUGCUGGUGGCCCUGCUCGCCUCCCUUACGGUCAUCUCGGUCAAAGCCGUGUCCGGGAUGAUCACAGAGUCGAUAACGAGCCAGCUGCAGCUCAUCUACCCCAUCUUCUACGUCAUGCUCGUCGUCAUGGUGGCCUCCUGCGCUUUCCAGAUCAAAUUUCUCAAUCAGGCAAUGAAAAUGUUUGACGCCACAGAGGUGGUUCCCAUCAACUUUGUGUUUUUCACUGCGAGCGCCAUUAUUGCAGGGAUAAUAUUUUACCAGGAAUUUGAAGGCUUGGCUUUGCUGAAUAUUUUUAUGUUCUUAUUUGGCUGUCUUCUGUCCUUCAUCGGCGUUUUCCUGAUAGCCAGAAACAGACCAAAGAUAAAGCAACAAGAUCGCACUUUUAUUCCAAUGGACAAGAUUCCUGGGAGAAGGAACACAGACAAAGUGCAGCCCGAGGCAAAGACCCAAACAUACGGAUCACUGGCAGCCAAACUCAUGUGCAACAGAGGCGGCCAAACAGACGACUGACAGGAGGCCUCUCCGUCUGUCAGGACUGCUGCUUUACUCAGUUUGGGAGUGAGCUCAGAUUUUACAGAGUUCAACAAAAUGUCUUGUUAAAAACAGCACAAAUUUAGAAAAGAAACAUUCCUCUGAAUAACGGUCACCACUGUCUGGAAUAUCCUGAUGAGGAAAGAUGAUUUGGAAAUUAAAUUAAACUCUUCAUGAUGGCACUAAAACGUCAGAUCCUUCAUUGGCUGCAAUAAGAUCCGAAAAAGGAUAUAAACAGGUUUUUACAGACCUGAUGUCUCAAGUCUAUGAAUCAAAAUAAGUGCACUACUGCCCUCUAGUGGUAGAAAAAGAACACCUGAUUGCACUUAUCCUUUAAUGAUCAAAUGUAAAUUUACAUAAUUUAAAAAGAGGAAAAGUAAACUCUAAAGUAUUGUCUUCUUUUUCCUUACUUGUAUAAUGUAAAUACUUUGUUUAAAAGCACCACCCUCUUUUCUAACUCACCUUAGAAGCACCAGAGUGAAUCUUCACCGCCCAUCUUCACCUCGGAUAAACCUCAGACUGCACGCCUGGCUGAGCCGCUACCAAACUGUAGUGUUGCCAAGCAACAAAACUCUUAUCUGCCACCUACACAUUAUGGGAUAUGUGGGAAACCACAGUUCAUGGCAGGGUUGCUAUAAGAAGACACAAAGUUUAAGUAUCUGUAGUUGGAUGCAGUUGCAGGAGUUCUGUCAGGUUACAUCCACACACUUUGUGUUUUAUUGACGUUUUGUGAUUGACCAGCAACAUUUAAAAAAUAAAUAAAUUUAGCUUUAGAGAGAAAUAUCUCUACUGAGCUACUUUUGAGCACAGUUGCAGUCUUUUUGGGGCAGAUUUCAACCAGGUUUGCACAUCUGAAGACCAAAUAUGCAGAUGUGCAAAUCUGCAUAUUUGGUUUGCACAUCUGCAAACCAAAUAUGCAUCAGCUCAAACUCAAAUAGGAUAGAAUCUGCAAGCAUCAAGUCUUCCAACAAACUGUCACUUUGAUAUUGUUCUGGACUUUAAUUAGGCCAUUCUCCACAAU